AUGCGUACACGAAGGAGGACGGCCAGCAUCGUCGAGAAUUAUUCCCGAGACCUUGAAUCGGCAGAAGCCACUUUCGCAGAGCGAUACGAGAGGAAUGAGUGCCCAAAGCAGACCGUUGUCGGCUUUUUAGACUUGACAGAGAUCGCAAGCGGCACUUACGGGACUGUGUACAAAGGCAAAUGGCUGAGUAAAGAUGAGGGGGGGCAGACCGUGGAAAGAUUUUAUGCGAUCAAACGACAGGGAAAGAGAGAAGAUCCUACUGGCGCCAUCAGAGAGAAAAAAAUUCUUUUCGCUCUGAGCGUGAGCUCCUUUGUCGUGAAACUCCACUGGUCUUGGAAAACUCACUAUUUUUGUUACCUCGUCAUGGAUUAUGCGCCAAACGGUAAUCUCUACCAGAUCGGGAGGAUCCCACAUUCCGAGGAGACAGUCGAGCUACUCCUCUGCCAAAUUGUGAUGGGCCUCGAGUUUAUUCACGCGUGCAAUGUCAUUUGGCGCGACUUGAAACCAAAUAAUAUCCUCGUCUUCGAAAGAGGACUUCUGAAGCUAUCCGAUUUCGGAAUGGCAUCCGAUAGGCCAAGGGAUAUAUCAGGCACUCUCAAAUAUAUGGCACCAGAAGUCUUCACGGGAGAACCACAGACUGGUGCAGUCGACUGGUGA